UUCACACCUUCAAACAAACAUGAGUGAUGCAACUCACCUCGUUAAUCAAGAGAGCUCCAGUGAAAGAGCAUCUGAUCAGAGGAAAUACAAGGGAGUUCGCCGAAGAAAAUGGGGAAAAUGGGUAUCGGAAAUCAGAGUGCCUGGCACGCAAGAACGACUCUGGUUAGGUUCUUAUUCCACACCAGAAGCUGCUGCAGUGGCUCAUGAUUUAGCUUCUUAUUGUUUAAGAGGACAACAACGUUCGUCUUCAGUGAAUAGUCGUCUAAACUUUCCUUUAGUAUUGCCUACAAAUUUACGACCUGACAUGUCACCUAAAUCCAUACAGAAAGUAGCUUCAGAUGCUGGCAUGGCAAUUGAUGCGCAAAUGAUAUUAAACGGGACUCAAUCACCUGGUAAUGAAUCCAGAGGCAAUGCAAGUGAUUGUACAAUUCUUAGAUCAUCAGAGCCAGAGAUAAACUUGGAAAAUGUUAUGAGUAAUUAUGGAGAAACUUAUUCCGGAGAUAGUGGAGAAAGCUUAAGCAUCUCUGUUGAAGAUUAUUUAUAGUUUAAGCUCAUUUCAUUGGCUUUUUUAACCUCUCUCGAUGUGUUUCUAUAUAGCUAAUGGUAAAGAAAUCAAAUAUUUUAUGCCAAUUUGUGCUAUUUGCUAGAUUGCAUAUGAGAUAAUGCUUUAAAUAUAUAUAUUAUUUAAAAUAAAUAUUAGUAAAAUUUGGGUAUUGAUCAUAUUUG